GUUUUUUCAAAACAUCGAUACAUCGAUGUCAACAUCGAUGUUUUUCCCAUCUCUAGUGCCGCAUUGGGAAAUGUCAUUUAGGUUCUAAAAACGUAAACAUCGUCCAGCACGUUCAUUGAUAUUUAUUUUUUUGUAAUAAAAAUUAAUAUUUCACUAAUAGUUUUAUAUUAAUCGAAGUAAACAUGGUUACCCAGGAUCAAAUAAAGUCUAUAGGAGCUGUUUUGAAUAGUAAAGAUAGACCACUUAAGGAGCGUUUUCGUGCUUUAUUUACAUUGAAGAAUCUUGGUGGCGCCGAAGCUAUUGAAGAAAUCAGCCGGGGUUUCGCGGAUGACUCAGCAUUGCUAAAGCACGAAUUGGCCUACUGCCUGGGACAAAUGCAGGACAGGAAAGCUAUAAAUGUCUUGACUAAUGUUCUUGCUGAUACGACGCAGGAGCCAAUGGUUCGCCACGAAGCCGGUGAAGCACUUGGCGCCAUCGGUGUACCUGAUGUCAUACCGAUAUUAGAACAGUACAAAGAGGAUCCUAUAGUGGAAGUCGCAGAGACAUGUUCAAUUGCGCUCGAUCGUGUGCGCUGGAUACAAAGUGGUCAACAAGUAGAUGAUAAUAAUCCCUAUGCAUCAGUUGAUCCCUCACCUCCAGCGGCUGGCAUGAAAACAGUAAAUGAAUUGAAAGCAAUUUACUUAAAUCCAAAGAAGAGUUUAUUUGAACGUUAUCGCGCUAUGUUCAGUCUUCGUAACCUGCGAACCACUGAAAGUGUUUUAGCCAUUGCCGAGGGCUUGAAAGAUUCCUCGGCGUUAUUUCGACAUGAGGUAGCAUUUGUAUUAGGCCAAAUACAAGAGCCAAGUAGUAUUCCAUACCUGAAAAAUAAUUUAGAAGAUCAAAACGAGAAUGAAAUGGUACGUCAUGAGUGUGCUGAGGCUUUAGGUGCAAUCGCUACAGAGGAAUGUAUUGCUAUAUUAAACCGUUAUGCGGAGGAUGAUCAACGCGUCGUGAAAGAGAGCUGUGAGAUCGCUUUGGAUAUGUGCGAGUAUGAGAAUAGCCCCGAGUUUCAAUAUGCCGAUGGUUUGAACAAAAUUUGCUCAUAG